AUGGCGACGAGGAGCAAAUGUCGUCGUUCAGAUUUGGUCGUCAAUAUUGUCCAAUUUUCAUCCGUUACCAAUAAUUUCAGUCGUUCAGAUUUGGUCGUCAAUAUUGUCCAAUUUUCAUCCGUUACCAAUAAUUUCAGUCGUUCGAGUAGCGCACGGAAGAACACCGAGAGAAGGGCUCUUGGUGUGGUUCCCAUAAAUGAGAUUGAGGAUCUUGAGAAGGAGAUUCUGUUUGUGGUUUGUUUCUAUCCGGGUUAUUGUGGAAAAUUUAUAAGCUUCAUCUCGAAUGUUGGUCGUUCCUAUUUUCAGUCGGAUCUUCUGCACGGCUCUCAGUCCAACCUCAGUUCGUUACAAGUGGAACGGAUAUCCGCGACGAAAAAGACGAAAAAUUGA